GGCCGAGGAGGGGGACGAGGAGGAAAGGCGGCUGCGUGUGCCAGCCCAGCUCCCUCUCCUUCCGGGUUGCAGCCGCCGCCGCCUCCUACUCCCGUGUCCUGGGCCAUGGGGGCGGCUGCCGGCGGGGCCGCCCAUGAUGGGGCAGUGCCCGCAGCGCCGCUGGACCCCGGGCGCGGGCUGUCCCUGCCCCGGGGGGCUGCGGGCUCUGCGGCAUCCCAGGACAAGCUCUUCUUAAUCAAAGGUGGAAUUUUUCUAGGUACUGUUGCUACAGCGGGAAUGAUAGCAGGUUUUGGCACCACGCUUGCAAUGACAAAAAAGAAGAACCCAGACUGGUUCAGUAAGGGGAUUACUGCCACAGCUGCACUACCAGAGAGUGGUUCAUCGCUGGCCUUACGAGCCCUAGGAUGGGGCUCACUCUAUGCGUGGUGCGGAGUUGGAUUGCUGAGUUUUGCCAUCUGGAAGGCUCUGGGUGUACACAGUAUGAAAGAAUUUCAAACUAAGAUGCAGUCACUCUUUCCAGCAAUUCCUAAAAAUAGUGAGUCCACUGUUGAAUGGGAAAACUUACUUAAGUCCAAGUGAAAGACUCAGAGCCAUUUGGAGAUGUCUCUUCCAGCAAGAAUAGGAGCAGAAGUAGCAGAAGUGUCCCCUCUGGAAAACAAAGAAGACUCAGACUGAGCAAGUUACUGACUGAGUGCACUGAACCUGGGAAUGCCAGUUAACAUCUAGCAGCAAGGGAAUUCAAACCAAACCAAACCAAUUUAUACUGUGCUUUUCAGCAUGUUUGGUAUAGUUGUUUUGGGAGAAAAUGAACCCUCCAAGAUAAGUUGGAUUCAACUGGAAAAAAGAUUUUUUCAAAGACUAACAGAAGAAACUGAUCUUGAUUAGUAAAAUAUAUGGAUAUAAUCCCAGUAAACUCCUGUCCCAUCCUGUGUUUCAAGAAGAAUUUUGUGAAAUUUCUCUAGGAAACAAGAACAGUACUUUCAGUGACUUGUUCUAUUAGGAAUAUAACCAUCAAGUCAAUCAUAACAGAUCUCUUGCUGAGCCUGAGGGUAAAGCAUAUAGUGCACUCUUCGAAAGUAAAGGACAUAUUUAAGUUUGCAACAGAGAAAGUAUCUAAACCAUUUUUAUAUGUUUGAAGGGUAAGUUUAAAACCCAAUAUGCAAGUAGUGACCUAUGAGCUCCUCUGCAGAGCAUCAGAAGAGAUCUCUACAAAGUUCACUGUUUUCUCAGUAUUAACUUUUUGAAAUUGGAUCCCAGAAUAAUGAAUCUGAUAGUUUGUAUAAAAGUCUCUACUAUAUUUGUAUAUCAAUUAAAAUAGUAAGUGAAAAAGGUGUAAAAGAGUGAGACACCCAGUCAGUCCUACGCAGAUGUUUUCAGCUGAGAAAGUGUAUGGGCAGGACUAAUUUUGUGUGUUCCAGUCAUUUCUGUGGCUCUUCCGCCAGGCGAAGCAAUGUGACAUUUUCCACACUGCAAUAAUCUCAUGAAGUGUGGGUGUAAACUAGAAAGAGUAAUGUCUUACUCAGAUGUUGUAUUUGCAGAACUGAAGAUCUGUAAAACUGCAGAAAUAAAAAAAAAAAGUGCUGUCAUUGAACAAUCCUUUGUUGCUCAAUUAUCAGAUUUUCUUAUUAAUUGCACACAGUCCAGUUAGUCAGUUGUCAGAUUUAAUAAAGUCCUCUUAAAAGUU